GCCGGGGGGGGGGGCCGGGGUGGCGGAGGCAUGGAGCCCGCGGGACCGGAGCCCUCCCUGUACACCGUGAAGGCCCUGCUCAUCCUGGACAGCCUCGGGCAGCGUCUCCUGGCCAAGGAUCUGUGCUGCCCACCCUGCCUGUCCCCGCAGUACUACGAUGGCACCUUCCCCACGGCCAAGGAGCAGGCGGCCUUCGAGAGGAACAUCUUCAGCAAGACCCACCAGACGGGUGGGGAGAUCGCCUGUCUGGAAGGACUCACCGUCGUCUACAGGAGCAGCGUCGACCUCUUCUUCUACGUGGUGGGGGGCUGCCAGGAGAACGUGCUGAUGCUGUCGGCCGUGCUCGCCUGCCUCCUCGACGCCCUCGGCCACCUCCUGCGGAAGGAGGUGGAGAAGCGCUGGCUGCUGGACAACAUGGAGGGGACAUUCCUGGUGGUGGAUGAGAUCGUGGACAGGGGGGUGAUCCUGGAGAGCGAUCCUCAGCAAGUGAUCCAGCGGCUGAGCCUGCGGGCCCCAGAGCCGGCGGCAUACGGCUUCGUCCUCUUCGACUACCUGGCAGGCAGCUCGGAGCGAAGGGACUCAGGGGACACCGGCCAGCACGAAUAGGCAUCGCCGAGGAGGUCCUGCAGCCCACCAAGGAGCACAUCAAGCCAUCCCCACUGACGUGACGGCUCUGGGGUCUCCCAGCAGCAGGACACACGGACCUUCCCCGGCAUCCCCCCGCUCCAACCCCAGCCCAGACCCCGCGCUCCAGCCUGGAUCCCCGGGUCGGCUCCUCCCCAGUCACAUCGCCUGCGGAAGCCCCUUGCCAGUUCUCAUAUCCGCCCCUGGCAUUUAUAAUAUCGAGGGAAAAAUUAAGCACUAAUGAAGGAGAAUUGAUUUGCCAUUCCCACUCACUCCAGCCGGAGCCGGCCACAAAUAAAGUUUUCCUCCCA